CUGAAUACCAAAGUAAUGGCACAUUUUUUGAACGUACGAGUAGGAAAAGUGGUGGUGUCGUUGUCGGUAUUAUUGUCGUCGUCCCGGGCACGACGCAAAACUGCCCCCCAACCCAAGGUGUGGUGCGACCCGUGCCGAGGGGUGCGUGGCACAGGGGAGCUGUGCCUCGAACGGGGCCUCUGGGAUACCGGGCGCCCUCCCAGAGUAUCCAGCCCAGCCUGGGCACGCGGGGCUCUGCCCGGGUGGUCCACACCUUCCUCAGCGUCUCGUGGGAUCAUAGAGAAAAAAACUGAAAUUAGCUCCGAGCGAGCAGAUGCCGAGAAUUCCAGGGGACCUCCGAGUGAGGCGACCCGGGAUUCCGACCAGACCGAAGGUGAACUUGGUGUGAGGGGGCCUCAAUAUGAGGGGACCCUGUGCCUCGUAAACAAUAAUAAAAAUACUGUUGUAGAGGGAGAGUAUUCAAAACUCGCAACAGGAGGGACCUUAGCUGUUGUAUCCGACACUGGGAAGACAGACACGUCCAAAACUUGCUCUGAAAGAGCCCUCUGGGCAAGAGGCAACAGUUCUGAGGUAGAGAGCUCGUACCUCGCAGGCGAGUCUGUGCGAGACAUCCCAGUCACAGAGAAUGCAGAUGCGACUCCAGCAGUGAUGUAUGGGGAUCUUUUGGGAGAGAGAGAGAUGUCGGGCAUCGUAAAAGAGGUAAUGGAUAAAUUGAGAGAAGCUGAAAAUUCUGUAGAAGUGGAAGAUGGAAACGGGAAAACUGAACAGGAAAUGGAACAAGAAUGUGGUCAAUCUGGCAAAUUUGGUGCUGUGGUGGAGGUGGAAACUGAUGGGAAGGAGACAGGUGUUGGCCGAGAGAAACUCAAAAAGGAGCGCUGGUCCAGAGCACAGAAACUCCAAAGGAAAAUAAUGCGGGUUGAGGCAGCACUGAAGCUAGAGAUUGCUAAAGUUGAACAAAAGAAACAGAAACUGGAGGGAAUAGCGCUACUCUGUGAAACAAGUAAUGAGGAAGGUGACAGGAAGGACACAUCUGUUGCUCAGGAGCAACUAAACGAAAAGCGUCUUUCGGGUGCACAGAGGCGAAAAAUGAAAAAAAUGAUGGCCAGGGCAGCAGGGGAGAGAGUGCUUACUAAAUCUGAACAAAAGAAACGUAAACUGGAGGAAGUUACUCCAAACUACGAAAUAGGAAACAGAGAGGCUAAAAAAGUAAGUAGCACCGUUCAAAACGAAGCACCUGUUCUGUCAGUACCUCCAGUCUACACAGACAGACAACUAAGAAGAUUUCAAUGUAAAUUGAAAGCUAAAAAAUUUAAAACAAACACUGAUGGAGGGAAAGCUCCUGUUCUGUCAGUACCUCCGGUCUCCACAAAGAAAUGUGUAAAAAGAUUAAAACGCAAAUUGAAAUCUGGGAAGCCACACGCUACUACUAAAACUGUCACAAAAUUUGUUAGUGGAGGUAUUACUGGAGGUGACGCAAAUGCCUCGGCUACAGAAGAGGUAACUGGAGGCAAUGCUUAUGCGCCUGUGACUGAACAGGUCAACAAACGUAGAAAAAAUGUUUUGAGUCAAACAGCAGCAGUGGGGGGAACAAAACAACGUGUCACAGCUGGGCAAAAAAGGAAAUAUAAAAGACAGAAACAGCGUGACAUUACUAAAACUUUCAUCAAAUUCCUAAGUGGUGGGUUUACCGGAGGUAAUGACAAUGCCCCUGUGACUGAAAAGGUUGACGAAUACAGUACCGGUGUUUCGGAUCGAGAAGCAGAAGGAGAGGAGGAAACGGCUGGCUCAAUGAGGGUGGCUGUUGUGCCCGUAGGUUUCCCCGAUGUGAAAAUGACAGAGGAGCAGGCAGAGAUGGUGUGGGCUGCACUCACAAACAUGAUUGACCCAUCCGAGUCUGAGGAACUGGUCCAGUUUUCUGCCAUGCAGUAUGAGAAUGGGGGUUUAGCGAUCACUUGUACGGACAGGCCGACCAAAGUAUGGCUGCGUAAGACCGUUUCGAAGCUUGUUCCGUGGAUAGGAGCCUGUCUCACAGUUGGACAGGCGGAUUUGACAUUGAAGGGUACGAAGUUAGUACUGUCAUUGCCAAAGGCAAUGAAGGGGAGAUCUGACAAGGAGGUUCUGGACUUGUUUCAGAAGCAAAAUAAAGGAAUCUCCACUGCCAAGUGGAAAGUCCGUAGCAGACUGACAGAGGCAGAUGAGAGAGAGAGGCUGACUCUUUGGGUUGAUGAGAAAUCAUUUCAGGAUUUGAAAGCUCGUGAUUUUAAAUUAUUCCUCGAUUUAAGUAUUGUUUACCUCUUGCAAUGGUCACAGUGGGAGAACCUGCCAGCUGAUUCUCGUGUGACAGUGUGGCAUGACCUGCAGCCUGUGGUUCAGAAUCUGCCACUGGCCCAGACUCGAUACAAACCACUUCGACCUGUGGAGACUGAGCUCUCGUCUCAAAAUUUUCCGCUACCUCUGGUACCAGUUUUGCAAACUUGGGCUGUGGAUCGAUCUCUGUCACCCACAGUCCCAGGCGUAGGGCCUAAUCUUCCGGACUUCAGGUUUGAGGAUCAGGGUAGACCACAGUGUCGUGAACGUUUAUUUGCCAAUAAAGAUCAUCCUCACUUUCGUGAAGCACAGUUUGUGGUUUCAGGUCAGCUCUUACCACAAGAGCAUAUGUUUACAGUACCUGCUGCACUGCAGAAUCACGAGUCUAGAUUCUUGGCAAAAGAACAGCGUUGGGAGUUUGGCUUCAAGACUUCAGAACAUUUGCAGCUGCAGGAAGUUAGUUACAUGAUAUUGAAACGAUCACAGCACAGACACACAAAAGACAACUUGGAUCGAGACCAGGAAAACAGGUACUUCACUUCGGACCAUCGACACAGUCGUGAAAUAGGAUACGGUGAACCAGAACCCCUUCAGCUCCAUCAGUCAAGAUAUAUGGAUUUGGAUCGGCUGUCACCUCGAGAUGAGAGAGAUACAGAUUGGGAUCGCCUGUCACCUCUAUAUAAGACAGAUACGGUUUGGGAUCGGUUGUCAUCUCAAGACAAGAUACCUACAGUGUGGGAUCGGCUAUCACCUCGGGGUAAGAAGUAUAUGGCGUCCGAUGGACUGUCACCUCAGGGUAAGAGGUAUAAAGCUUCCAGUUGGGUAUCACCUCAAGAUAAUAGGUGUAAAACUUCCAGUCGAGUGUCACUUCGAGGUAAGAGGUAUAAAGCUUCAGAUUCACUGACAUCUCGAGAUAAGAGGUGUAAAUAUUCCAAUUGGCUGUCAUCUCACGAUGAAAGGCACAUGCCUUCGGACCGGCUCUCACCUCAAGAUGGAAAGUACACUCCUUUAGACCAUAUGUCACACCGAAAUGGGAGGCACGUGGUUUCAGAUCAGCGAUCACCCCGAGACAGGAGGUACACGGCUUCAGAUCAGCUGUCUACCCGAGAUGGGAGGUACGCAGCUUCGGAUCGGCUCUCACCCCGCGACAGGAGGUAUGCGGUUUCGGAUCGGCUGUCACCUCAGGACGGGAGGGACGUGGCUUCGGAUUGGCUGUUGCCUCGAGAUGGGAGGGACGUGGCUUCGGAUCGGCUGUUGCCUCGAGAUGGGAGGGACGUGGCUUCGGAUCGGCUGUUGCCUCGAGAUGGGAGGGACGUGGCUUCGGAUCGGCUGUUGCCUCGAGAUGGGAGGGACGUGGCUUCGGAUCGGCUGUUGCCUCGAGAUGGGAGGGACGUGGCUUCGGAUCGGCUGUUGCCUCGAGAUGGGAGGGACGUGGCUUCGGAUCGGCUGUUGCCUCGAGAUGGGAGGGACGUGGCUUCGGAUCGGCUGUUGCCUCGAGAUGGGAGGGACGUGGCUUCGGAUCGGCUGUUGCCUCGAGAUGGGAGGGACGUGGCUUCGGAUCGGCUGUUGCCUCGAGAUGGGAGGGACGUGGCUUCGGAUCGGCUGUUGCCUCGAGAUGGGAGGGACGUGGCUUCGGAUCGGCUGUUGCCUCGAGAUGGGAGGGACGUGGCUUCGGAUCGGCUGUUGCCUCGAGAUGGGAGGGACGUGGCUUCGGAUCGGCUGUUGCCUCGAGAUGGGAGGGACGUGGCUUCGGAUCGGCUGUUGCCUCGAGAUGGGAGGGACGUGGCUUCGGAUCGGCUGUUGCCUCGAGAUGGGAGGGACGUGGCUUCGGAUCGGCUGUUGCCUCGAGAUGGGAGGGACGUGGCUUCGGAUCGGCUGUUGCCUCGAGAUGGGAGGGACGUGGCUUCGGAUCGGCUGUUGCCUCGAGAUGGGAGGGACGUGGCUUCGGAUCGGCUGUUGCCUCGAGAUGGGAGGGACGUGGCUUCGGAUCGGCUGUUGCCUCGAGAUGGGAGGGACGUGGCUUCGGAUCGGCUGUUGCCUCGAGAUGGGAGGGACGUGGCUUCGGAUCGGCUGUCACCUCAGGACAGGAGGUACACGGCUUCGGAUCGGCUGUCAACGCGGGAUUCGAGGUAUGCGGAUUCGUAUCGGCUGUCAUCCCAGGAGUCGAGGUACGCAGUUUCGGAUCGGCUGUCACCUCGGGACAGGAGGUACGAUGCUUUGGAUCAGCUGUCAACCCAGUAUUCGAGGUACACAGAUUCGGAGCGGCUGUCGCCACGGUAUGAGAGGUACACAGCUUCGCAUCAGCUGUCACCUGGGGAUUCGAGGUACGCGGCUUCCGAUCGGCUGUCGCCCCGGGAUUCGAGGUACGCAACUUCGGAUCGGCUGUCGCCCCAGGAUUCGAGGUACGCAACUUCGGAUCGGCUGUUGCCCCAGGAUUCGACGUACGUGGCUUCGGAUCGGCCGUCGCCCCGGGAUUCGAGGUGCGCGGCUUCGGAUCGGCUGUCGCCCCGGGAUUCGAGGUGUGCGGCUUCGGAUCGGCUGUCGCCCCGAGAUUCGAGGUGCGCGGCUUCGGAUUCGAGGUACGAGGGUUAUGAUCGACAGUCACUUCGAGAUAAAAGUUAUACGGCUUCUGAUUGGUCUUCAUCUUGUGAUCCUAGGCACAAAGUUUCAGAGCAGCCACCAUCUCGUGAUUGGUACCCCCCUUCAAAUCAGUCACUGUCUUCUUGUUCUGGGCACAUUACUCCAAUCCAGGAGAAAUCCCCAAAUUCGAAGUGGAGACGCUCAGUUCAACAAUCCUCCAGUGAUUACAAUUCUGUAGGUCCGCAUGAGUCACUGUUCGAGGAAUCCACAUUCCGAGGCAGAAAUCAGGUGCAGUACAAUGAAGGUAAAUUUGUGGAAUCUAGACUGAGAAUGUCAGCUUACCCACUACGCAGGGAAUUUGAUGAUACAGUUUCUCACACGCUACGUUCACAGGAAAACAGAUUUUAAAGUUCAGCUGUCCUGUUCCAGCAAUCUGUCAUAUUAUACAUUAUACAUUCUUUUCUCUUGAGAUCUUUGGGGCUUACUGGUAGACAUUCGGUGAUACAAGCACUUACUGUUGGAGGUGAAUUUUUAUCAAAAAUGUAACAUUCCAGUUUGUGGAGAGUUUAACCAAUAUUGCAUAAAUCAUUGUAAAAUUUAGUUACCCUGCUAUAUUUAGGGCAGGACAAAAUUUAUAACUCUUUGAACUCUACGUCUGCCUAUAAUUCACAACAUUGUUUGGUAUUAAGCUUCGAAGUGAGUUUGAAAGGCUUCAGGUUUAAAUUCUGUUAAAGGAGUGCCUCUGCUAUUCGUAGCAGGUCUGUCCAUUUGCAAAUUCUUUAAACAGGUUUGAAGUGUGUUUUGUUUCAUUUGUCUGUCAGAAAUGUUUCUGAUUUUGUGACUAAUUUCGUAUGCUGUAUGUUCUAUAAAGAAAGGAAAAAGUUGGAACUACUUCAAAUGUUUUUGUGCACAUCUAGUGAUGUCCUGUUAUUAAUGCCAGAGUGAAUGUUUAAAUGUGAGUUCAGUGUGCAGAGAAUUUGGUAAACCAAAUAACUAAAAAAUACGUGUGUGUGUGUGUGUGUGUGUGUGUGUGUGUGUGUGUGUGUGUGUGUGUGUGUGUGUGUCAUGUUUGUUUCAUUUCAGCAGUUGUUAUUCAAAAUAAGUACUUUGAAACUGGAGCUUUUUUUCCAGUAUAUAAUUUUGUAUAAAUUUGUAG